AUGGCUAGACGCAACAACAAAAGCGCUGGCCACGAUGGACGACUUGGGAGCAAAGGCAGCCAGGCCACGACGACAACGCAGGGCUCGAGCGCCACGGUAACGCAGCGCGAUCAGUACCAGCGUGAAUUGACCGCCGCCUGUGCGCGAGCAAAUGAAGAACGAGUGCGCCGCUUGCUGACGGAACACGAGCCAUGGACUUCGGAAAAGGACAAGGCAGCACUGCGCAAAGCGUUGCAAAAGGCUUCGGCACGACACCAAAUCGGCAUCAUUCGACUACUGCUACACUAUGGCGCCGAAGUCGAUGCCGGUGCCCCUGAUGAGUUCCCUCCACUCUACCGGGCCGCUCAGGCGGGCCAGCGCGCCGUGGUCGAGGAGCUUCUCAAGCACAAGCCGGAGCUGGAAGCGCGUGAGAUGCGCACCUGGCAGACGCCUCUGUUUGUCGCCAGCACCAAGGGCUUCCACACCAUCGCGGCGUUGCUGUUGGCCAAGGGCGCGCGCGUCGACGCCCAGGAUCGAGAUGGGCGUACUCCCUUGUUGGCCAUUGCCAUCAACCCCAACUUCAAGUCGAUCGAAACGGCGUCGCUGCUCGCGGACCACGGCGCCAACCUCGAGGCAAAAGACCGAAUCGGUCGAACACCUCUACUUUGGGCUGCCACCAACCGCAACUACGAACUCGCCCAGACACUCCUGGAGAAGGGCGCCAAUGCAUCGGCCGUCAACAACCGCGGCCGCACUGCUCUGCACCUGAUUGUCGACAGCAGCAACGGCGGUGGGAGAAGCAGCGGUGACCGGACAUCGGCGCCCAAGAGGCCGCGCGAGGAGAUGCUACAACUUUUGUUGCAGCACGGUGCUGACGCCAAUGCUGCCAGUGAUGGUGGCUGGAGACCUCUGCACAAUGCCGCCCAAAAGGGGUUGACCUCUAUUGUGCAGGUGCUGCUCAAUGCUGGUGCCGAUAUCAAUGCCCCGCUGUCCAACGGCAUGACUGCCCUGCAUUGGGCUGCCUUCAAUGGCUUUGAGGAAGUCGCGCAGCUCAUAUGGUCCUGUCCCGAGGCCGAUAUGGGCAUCAAGGACACAUUUGGGCGUGCUGCCUGGUUGUGUGCCGCAGAACGUGGUCAUGACGAGCUGGUAGAGCUCCUAUCCCCCGGUCACAAUAGCCACCGCUUGCCCAAAUCCAUGCACGAAGCUGCCCAAGCUUUCAACGCUACUGUCGUCGAGUUCAAAGACUUUGGUGAGAAGCAGCGCAUCUCUAAGCCUCCGGUUUUCGAUUUGCUGUACAGGUGGGAUGAGAAGAAUAGUCAGCCCGCCGUCCCUCUCUGGGCAGAUAAUCCUAAGAGCGAGUUCAAAUGGAUACAUCUUCCUGCCAAUAAUCUUGCAUGGGUAGAAACGCUCAUGAUCAACUGGUUUAUCGAAUCGGGAUGUCGCGAUCUCGAAGGGUUCAAAGCCCUCAUGAAAUGUCUCGAGCAAGAGCAUCGCGGCCCAUUCCCGCACGCCAAUUAUAUGCGACCCUUCUGCCAGCGAAUCUCCUCACAGCACCCCGGUGAAGAAGAUGGAGACGCCCCUCCAGGAGGGGACGACAUGAUGGCCAGCCCGCUUCCCAUUAAAAUGAAGGACAUGCGGCGCAGCACUAGUAAUUUGUCACAGUUGACUCUCAGCCAGGGAAUACCCGGUGGUGAUGGCAAGAUUGUCAUGUUCAUGCCGUACCUUCACUAUGAGACAGAUGAAAGCCGCCGAAAGAUGAUGGAUGCCAUCAAGAUUGUGUCGUCGGCUAGUCACGCAAGCUCGCGCGAUAAGACACCCGACAUGCUGCUUUUGGAGGCAUACCUGAACAAUAAGCCGUCACUGCAUCCGAGGCGAACACUGGACCAAUUCUUUUAUCGCGGUAUUGACACGUCAGCCCGCGACCGAGACCAGGUUGUAUACCGCUACUGUGAGGCUCAUGGCCACGAACGCAAGGUUUUCAUGGUAGACCAGCUUUGGGUUCUUGUUCUUAACAAGGACCUGAUCAUUACUUGUUUCCCCGAGCGUUGGGACCUACGUAGUCAGAAAGAUCCAUUGGGAGUACUCGACGGCAUUGUGGGUGAAAUGAAUGCUAAAACUCGACCACCUGUUCGAAGUGUCUACCACCUGGCCAUCCUGGUUUCCGGCCGUUGCUCUGGCAUGUUCUCGCGACACCGAGCCGAUGACCAGGACUAUCAAUUCCUUGACAUGUUUGAGAGUUCCGUCGGCCGCGUGACAGAGGAUCUGACGCACCUGUUUCACCACUUUGAGCGAGCCUCAUCGCUUAGUCGACAGUGGGCUCGACCUUCUCGCCGGUCCAAGCUGCGCAGCAGCAAGAACAAAAACAAAAAGUCUGCAACGGAGGAGUCCAACUCCUUUGACCGGCUCCUCGACAUUGGGACCGAGACAUCGCUCCUAACCGAGGUGCGCGACAUUCGCGAUGAGCUAAAUAUCCUAACGAUGAUUCUCAACUCACAGUUGUGGACGCUGGGCGACUUGAAGAAUUGUCUGGUCGAGGAAUUAAGCCUCAGCGCCGCUUCGAGCCGGCUGAUGCGCAACCACGUCAACAACAUACACGUCACCGACAUCCGCAAGCGCACCCUUGAGCAAGAGCGCCACCUCAAGGUCCACAAGCGCGAUAUCCAGACCAUGGACGAGCAGGCUGAACGCCUAUACCAGUCGCUGACGGACUUGCUGGACUUGAAGCAGAAGCACAGUAAUGCACUCGAGGCUCGGUUCGCCAGUGAGCAAGCCCUGGCCGCGGCAAGAGAGGGCCAGACGGUCAUGGUUUUCACCAUUGUUACCAUUAUCUUUUUGCCCAUGUCUUUCAUUGCUGCAUAUUUCGGUAUUAAUAUGGAUUCUUUCAGCAACCUUGACAGCGACUAUGUGGCGACGUGGACCUUUGGCGGCGGCCUGGCCAUUUCAGUCGUCUUCAUCUUCAUGGCCUUUACCGUGGUCGACAUUACAAGGGCUUUUGCCGGGUUCGGCGCCCUGAUGAAGCGCGUAUUCAACCGGAGCGACGCAGAGCACGACAAGAAUAGCGCUGAUGAUGAUGCCAAAGGAGAAGAGGUCGGAGCCAGAUUACUGGAGCCUUCUUCGACAAGUCCACUCCACUCACCCGUCUUCCAGCGCAAUCAGCCCAGCCCUCCCCUGUCCAUGAUCAGGACCAACAAUACAAUGAAGUCGGACGCCAUGGAAAUGAGCGUCUUUCCAACGACGGAAUCGGAUCUGGUCAAGAUCAAGACGGCCACCAGUAUCUUGUCCAAGACGCGAUAUGCGGUAUCAGCAAAGAGCCCGAGAGCCCGUCGUGGAUACGGAGACGACGAUUUGGAGUGGGGGAGGCACGAUCGGGAGCUGAGUGCCGAUACUUGCUAA